AUGUUUAUGAUUAUUUCAAAAAGUCCUAAAACUUAUUUUGGUUCAGAUAUUAAAAAAUCAUUAGGUUCUCUUCCUGGAUUUCCAUGGGAAACGUAUUCUGGAGAAAAACAUCUUCUGGGUCAUAACUACACUGGUCCAGGUACAAGGUUAGAUCUACGAUUAGACGAAAACGAUAAACCCAAACCAGAUGAAGAACCUGUCAAUAGAGUUGAUGCUGCUGCACUUAAACAUGAUAUUUUAUACAGAAAUAAAGACAUAAAGUUUAGACACAAAACAGACAAAGAAAUGAUUAACGAACUUGGAAAUAUUCCAAAUCCAACUUUCAAUGAUUGUGACAGAAGAAAUUGUGUUGACCUCACUAGUGCUGGGUGUUUUAUCAAUUAUAAUAUUCUGGCGUUAGGCAUCGGAAUAGCACGUUAUUUAUAUUACUCUAAAAUGUCAAAGGACACCAGCGUCAUGUAUUUGGGAGUAGGUACACUUCGUCAGGUGACUCUUUCAGUACUUCAAGACGUCAUAUUAAACCUCUACAAUAUCAGAAUCAAGCUUGACAAAAACAGUACAAACCAGGAAUUUAAAUCCAGGGACGAACUAGCCAUGACUACAGCUACUGAUAUCAAGGCUGUCCAUGAUCAACUUCGUAAACGACUUCGCGUUGUUUUUAAACAAGACCCGAAUAAGAUUGAACUGUUUUCAAACAUUGGUCAGGACAUUUUUACAGCCAAAACCGUGCGCCAAAUCCUCGACACCAUAUUCAGGGUGUGUCGCCAUGCUAGGGAAAUCGUCAGAGAGUGGAAAGUGGAGCUCAAAACCUGUAUCGGCACCGUUCCUGAGGAUGGAACCGGGUACAUCAAUUUUACAGUUGAAGAUAAUCUAAAUAAGAUGAGCAUCACAUGGGACGACCAGAAAUUUUCUCCGGUAUUUUUGGAUACAGUCAGCCUAAUGUUACAAGCUUUACGUGAUGAACGAAGACAGCCAACACCGACAGAGUACCUUGCUAUCCAUUUGGCUUAUAACAGCAUCGCUAAUGGUAAACAAUUAACAUCAAAAUCACGACCUCUAGGAUCACCAGGAUUCAGACCUCACACCCAGACAUACAUUGCACUUACAGACCCCGGCGAUGGUCACGUUCUCGGUACGACACGAUUUAACGACUGGAUGACAGGAGCUAUGGUACAUGUUGAAUAUUUAGAAAGACCUGGUAAUCUUCCUAGACCAGAAAUAGAGACAUACCGUGUCCCAUCCCUGCAGGAUUUUUCACGCGUUCGGCUCCAUGUCGGUUCAGCCGCACCAAUUACCUUCUAUGUCGGCAGACGCAUGAAAGAUUCUGGAGUCUUUGGUAACGAUUUCUUGAAAGUCGUUCAUAUGACAUCUGCUACGGCCUCGGCAGCUUUUGGUCAGGGCAGUGCAGAAUGUAAGAUUGCCAUGGAAGGAUUGAAAACUUCAGAAGCUGUUCGAUACAUGAGAGCUUUAAGAUGUCAAGUUCUCAGAAACCGUCUGUCCCAAUUUCUGUCGGCAGCUUGGAACCUUAACCAAACUGUCAUAGAUGAUUAUGAAAAGGAAACCCCGGUCGAAUUGACAGAGCGAAUAGAUAUUGCUCUCCGGGCCAUAGAAAUUACAUGUAUUGGUGGAUUUGACAAGGUUACGUGGGAUGGAGCAGGCGACUCCUACCCGUCAAAAUGCAUCAUGCAUCAGCUCGACUUUAAAGAAGCCCUGUCCAUCGUCCAUGCUGCUCAUUUAAGAGGGUUGGUCACUUACUUCUCGGCUGGGUUCAAAUUUAAUGAUAUCAAGCAUGCUGUUUAUUCAGGAACUGAUGGAAUAGGUAUUGGUGGAGCUCAAGUUUUAAGAUUGAUGGAUCGCGAAACUGGAAUGCAUGGACCUUACAUGGAAGAAAAUAUCCCGCGAAUCCUCAGUGAACGAGACGCUGCUGCCGAUUCCAUCAGAGGUCAAGGGGUACAUCUUUUGGCUAGAAUGGACACAAUGUUUUUUGAGGGCUCUUUAACUCACGAAGAGGAUGCUCAGCGAGAGAAACUAUACACGGCUCUUCAGAAUAUUGACGAACCAGCUAUACAAGAAGUAAUCAAACAGUCAGAACGAAUCGUGAAUCUUCCGGUUGAAAAUUCAUUAUCGAUAAUUGGCUCAGCUGAACGUUUGGUUGAGACAGAAUUGCCGCUAUUACGUUCGACAACCACCGAAGAUGAAAGGUCUGAGUGGUCUUCCUUUGUGGACCGUCUCAGAAGUCAUUUGGAUCGAGGUCUGGAAUCUACCAUCGAGGAAGAGUAUGACGGCGAACCCUGGUUAACUUUCAGAAAGAAAUACCGCGAGAGAUUACAAUCCAAAAAUAUCAUCACCCGUCAGGGAUCAUUUACAUAUAGUUUUAAAACCUUCGGAGGUUAUGGAACAAAUCCUGGAAAACUAUGA